AUGGGAGACAUAGCUAGCACCCAAGCCCCAGAUAUGGGAGCACUUCAACAGGAUACCGCAAAGGUUGUCAGCACGGCGGCACCUAGUGGCCCUCCACCAGCUCAGGCCAAGCCAGAAACCAGUCAUGAGCACGAGCUCUCUCCUAUGUCCCAACAACACCAUGCUGCAUCUCAGCACGCUUUCGCAUCACAGUUCGACAUGUCUCAACUCCCUUCAGGUCCUCGACCCGGGCCAUACAACAUGGCGUCUAUGUCCAACGCUCUCCCAUCGAUGGGCUUCCGACCUGGGCAAUAUCCUCCGAACAACCAGCAACGUAUGAACCCCGCAGGGUCACCGCCAAUGAUGCAGCAUAUGUCACAGUUCCCUGGACACCCGGCAAUCCCAGUCGCUGGGCAGGGUUAUUACCUACAACCGCAGAUGGCACCAUAUUACGGGAACCAGAUGCCCCAGGCUCAAGCAACAAAUGCAAUGGUUCAAAGGCAGAACGUGGCAUAUUUCCCAAACCAGAUGAUGAUGGGUCCUCAGCAAUCAACUUACUACUAUCCUCACGGCCCACAGUACCAGCCUCACACGCAGCCAGUACUAAAUGGCAUCAUCCCUGGCCAUUAUCCUGGUGGAGGGUCCAUGCCCAACGACCCAAAAAUCGUGCCGCAACAGGCAGAUUAUGGAGCAGUUCACCCACAGCCUUACAAGCAGGGACAAGGUAGGGCUGGGAAACAACCUCCUGCCAAAACUGAGCUAAAGAGAACCUCAGAUGGGUCAGAGAGGGAGAGACGACAGAGUGCAGUGCGGGGUCCCCCCAGGAAGCCGCGACAGAGUGGACACGCGAUAUGGAUUGGCAAUCUUCCUCCACAGACCGACCUUAUGAACCUUGUCCAUCACGUUUGCAAGGAAACAUCAGGAUUGGAGUCCCUUUUUCUUAUCUCGAAGAGCAAUUGUGCGUUUGCCAACUUCAAGGACGACGAAACCUGUAGCGCAGCACAACAGAAAUUGCACGAUUCGAAAUUCCAAUCGGUUCGCCUUGUCAGCAGGCUGCGCAAGAGUACAGUGGAGGGUGCUACUGGUGUGACAGCCCCGACUGGGCCAUCAGUGGCUACGGCAGGUCCCAAGAUUGAACCUGUCCCGGACAAGGCGCAAGUAGAGGGCGAACUGCCGGGCCCAAUAGUCGAGUCAGCAGUGUCCAUCAAGCCCAUUAUUUCUUGCGAUGCUUCAUCACAGAAAGACAAAUUCUUUAUUCUAAAGAGCCUGACGGUUGAAGACCUCGAAUUGAGUGUUAACACAGGCAUUUGGGCUACUCAAUCGCAUAACGAGGACGCAUUGAACAAUGCGUUCAAGAUUGCUGACAGCGUCUACUUGGUGUUCUCGGCCAACAAAUCGGGUGAAUACUAUGGUUAUGCCAGAAUGGUAUCGCAAAUCGACGAGGACCCUGCAGCAGCUAUCGAGUUUGCGCCAACGGCCCAGGCGACCAGCGACCUCGACCUUCCAAAGGCCAUACCGACCGAAGCAACUGAACAGGCUCCCAAGGGCCGCAUCAUCGACGAUUCCGCAAGGGGUACUAUAUUUUGGGAAGCUGAUCGGGAGGAUUCAGAUACAUUGUCGGAUGAUGAGAGUGAGGCUGAAGUGUCGAGUACCAAGAGCAACGUUGGAGAGGAUGGCCCUACUAAGACGUGGGGAAAGCCUUUCAAGUUGGAGUGGUUGUCUACAAGCCGUCUACCAUUCUACCGUACCCGAGGGUUGCGCAACCCGUGGAAUUCGAAUCGCGAAGUCAAAAUCGCACGAGACGGAACCGAGCUUGAACCUUCAGUUGGUCGGAGACUUAUUGGACUUUUCAACCGUGUGCAGAGUCCAGAGGCCGUGCACCAGGGCGUGCGGGUUCCCGUGGCCAUGAUGCAAAGUUUCGCCCCAGUACGGCCAUACGGACAAUAA